GCAAUUUUCCUGGGUUUCAAUUUGCUUCUUUGAUUACGAUCAUUAAGCAAAGAUCAAAAUGAGAAACUCUGCAGCAUUAGCUCUGAUGGUUAUGAUUUGCAUUGCACACAGCAUGGGUCCUGUAAUGGGAUCAAGGUGUCCUCCACCUCCCAAAACAAAAAGUCCUCCUCCUCCACCGCCUCCUGGUUCAUCAAGUGGAGGGAAUUGUCCUUUAAAUGCAGUGAAAUUAGGAGCGUGUGUAGACGUGCUGGGAGGGCUGGUAAAUGCCACCAUUGGAGAUCCCGCUGUGAACAAGUGCUGCCCUGUUCUGCAAGGCGUUCUGGAAAUUGAGGCAGCACUUUGUCUGUGUACAACAAUUCGGGCUAAGGUUCUGAACCUCAACAUCAUCCUUCCUAUUGCUCUUGAGCUUUUUGUUCAAUGUGGCCUCACCCCUCCUCCUGGAUUCAAAUGCCCACCUCUUAGUUAAACAUGGCUACAUAAUGCCAUUGUUUCCAGCACGUAGAUUUGGAUUUGGUAUGGAAUUUCAUUUCAUUCAGUAUUUGUGUAUCUGUAUUCUGUAUUUCAGCUAGUUCCAUCUUUUAAUUGUCAGUGGCUUCGAGUGGGGAGACGAACGAAUAGCUACAUUUAGUUUGUAGGUUUGUGUAGAACAAAAUGUAUUCCUUCAAUAAGGUGGUCACAUGUUUUUCACUUGUAACCCUUAUUUAUUUAGUUAAAGUAUUUAUUAAUAGUUUUUACCAGGUAUACAUUGUGUAAGCCAUGAUGCCAAUUAGCACAAGAAGACAUGAAC